AUGGAUGAAAUGACAACAAGGUUAUUAGUUUGUAAAGAUUGGUGCUCAAAUAUAAAAUCAUCAUGCAACACACUAUCACUCUCUUUAAAUAAUCUAUUGCCAAUUACAAAUCAAAUUUCAACAUUUACAGCAUUAAAGAAAUUGGAAAUCAAAAUUGUUUUUGUUGCCGCUGAUGAAAAAUUACCAUCAUACUGGCAAUACUCAUUCACUGAUGGUAACUGUGUCAUCUCAUUCCGUCCAAAGAUCUGUAACACUAAUGAUGUAUUCACUGCUAAAUUAGAAACUCUUCUUCCUUCACAAGGCACCUACUCUUUAAUGACCCGUUUAAAUAUUAAAGAAAAUCAAGCUAAAAUGGAUGCUAAUUUAGUAGCUGUUAAAAAAGCAAUGAAAUCCGAUGUCGAUUGGACCAUCGAUCAAGCAUCAUUAGAAGCCGUUUACCCACAUGUUGCUGCCGAUUUAAAAAAUAGUUUUGGUCAUAUUUUUGCAGGUGUUAUCGAAAAAGUUGCAGCCAAUCUUGCUAAACGUUGUGCUGAUGAAAUGGUAUUAGAAGCUGUACUAUUGUUAUUAAACACAAUGCCACACAAAAUGGAUACUGGUUAUGGUCAUUCGAAAACGGUAAUUUAG